AACUUUUACAUCAAUAAAAAUGAAGAACGUAGAGCUAAUAUUCGUUCCACAAACAAGCAAAGGCCACUUGAUCCCAAUUCUCGAAUUCGCAAAGCGUCUCGUUGAUCAUGAUAACCGGAUUUUGAUCACCGUCGUUUUCGUUAAAUCGCCUUUCGAUUCUUUCGCCAAUGCUUAUAUCGAAUCAGUCAAGGCCUCGAAGCCCGACCGAUUCAAAUUCAUCGAUGUUCCUUUGAUUGUUGAUCAUCAUCGACAGUCGUUCGAAGACCACGUCAUUGACCUUGUGGAAACGCACUUGCCGCUUUUGAAAAACGUUGUCACUGACAUUUCAUCGUCAAAAUCGAGUUUAAAUUCGACGACUUUUACAGGGUUUGUUUUCGAUUUGCUGUUUGUACCACUGGUCGACGUUGCUCAUGAAUUCAAAAUCCCUUCGUAUAUAUUUUUAACCGCUAAUGCAGGCUUCUUGAGUCUUUUGUUCCACUUGACGACCCGACAUGGUGAGACUCGAGAUAUCCCUGAGUUUAAACGGUCCAAUCCAGACGAGUUGAUCUCGGGAUUUAUCAAUCCCGUCCCUCCUAAUGUUUUGCCUUCUGACUUGUUCGACAAGGAUAAUGGUUAUCCUGCUUAUAUAAUGAUUGCUCAAAAAUUCAAGGCUGCCAAAGGGAUUAUGGUUAAUACAUUUGAAGAGCUUGAACCUUAUGCUAUUAGCAAUUUCUCCAAUGGCAGAAAUCCCCCGGUUUACUCCAUCGGGCCAGUGCUUGAUAUCAAUUGUAGGCCUCACACUGAGUCGGACUUGGCUCAACACAAAAAAGUGAUGAAAUGGCUCGAUGAACAGCCUCAAUCAUCGGUGAUAUUUCUUUGCUUUGGAAGCUUUGGGCGCUUUCUUGCACCCCAAGUCAAAGAAAUAGCACUUGGACUUGAGCAAAGCGGAUACAGGUUCUUAUGGUCCUUGUGCGUGCAAUCAUCGUCACCGCCGCAACCAUCACAAAACGAUGCUCUAGGAGGAGUUUGUUACAAUGAAGAUAUGUUUCCGAAAGGGUUCACGGAAAGGAUCCAAGGGAAGGGGAUGAUGAUAUACGGGUGGGCACCACAGGUGGAGAUUUUAGCCCAUGAAGCAAUAGGAGCAUUCGUAUCCCAUUGUGGUUGGAACUCAAUCCUCGAAAGCUUGUGGUUCGGGGUGCCGAUGGUAACAUGGCCUAUGUACGCUGAACAAAAAAUGAACGCAUUUAAAAUGGUGAAGGAAUUAAGGUUAGCGGUGGAGCUAAGACUUGACUACGAACAACUUAACAUCGACAAUGUUGUGACGGCCAACGAGAUUGAAAAAGCGGUCAAGCAAGUAAUGGAUGAUUCCAAUGAGGUUAGGAAGAAAGUGAAGGAAAUGGCUAAAAUUGCUAGAAAAGCAAUUGUCAAUGGAGGAUCUUCAUUCCUCUCAAUUCAAAGAUUCAUUGAGGAUAUGAUAGGAUAGAUUUGAGUUAAUGUCACAAGUCAAGUCAACCGGGAAUUGAAUCAAUUGAAAAAUGAUAAAAAAAAUAUUUAUUUUACAAAAUAAGUUAUAUUAUUAUGAUGAUAUUUUUUGUAUUUUUAUAAAUCAAUAAAAUAUUACAUAUUGUAAGAUUUAAGCUUAAAA